CCGCCCUCUUAAAGGGGAAAUGAUGCAGGGAAACGCGGGAGGAGGUCCGUGGGCGCUGCCGCCAGGAAGGGACGAGGGAGCCGAGGAUGAGCAAGCCCGUGACAACUUCGACGUACGUCCGCUGCAUUAGCUACGGGCUCAUGAAGCGGCUGGCGGAUUUCAUCGAUCCGCAAGAAGGGUGGAAGAAACUAGCAGUGGAUAUAACCAACCCGUCUGGUGAAAGCAGAUAUAACCAAAUGCAUAUAAGGAGAUUUGAGGCAUUUGUACAAAUGGGGAAGAGCCCCACAUGUGAAUUACUUUAUGACUGGGGAACAACAAACUGUACAGUCGGUGAUCUUGUGGAUCUGCUGAUGAGGAAUCAGUUCCUAGCACCAGCAAGACUUUUGCUUCCAGAAGCUGCAACGACAACACAAGAAGUUACAUUGCCUCUUUCUUCACAGGAAACCUUGCCAAUACAUGAGAAACAACUGCCUAUACAGGAAAAAGAGGUGGCAUCUGUAAAGCCUGCUGUAGCUCAGAGUAUUGAGAAGCAAGGUUCAGCUCCUGCCUACCCAAGUCAAGAAAAUAGCAGCUCACAGUCUAGUAACACAGAUUUCCAUGAUUUUUUGUUUCAUGACUUGGAAAGUGUUACAAAUAAUUUUGAUGCACGACCAGAAUCAGCUGGAGGUAAUAAACUGGGAGAAGGUGGCUUUGGCAUUGUGUUCAAAGGCUGCAUCAACGGCAGAGAUGUUGCUGUCAAGAAGCUCAUUGCUAUGGUUGAUGUUAGUAUUCAGGACUUGAAACAGCAGUUUGAUCAAGAAAUACAAAUUAUGGCAAAAUAUCAGCAUGAGAAUCUAGUAGAACUGCUUGGUUUCUCAAGUGAUGGUGCUCAGCCAUGUCUGGUGUAUGAAUACAUGCCCAAUGGUUCACUGCUUGACAGACUUGCAUGUCUGGAUGGCACACCACCAAUUUCCUGGAAUACAAGGUGUAAAAUUGCUCAAGGUACAGCAAAUGGCAUCAACUUUUUGCAUGAAAAUAAUCAUAUUCACAGAGAUAUUAAAAGUGCAAAUAUCUUACUAACUGAUACAUACAUGCCCAAGAUUUCUGACUUUGGACUUGCAAGAGCAUCUGUAACAUUCACAAAAACAAUCAUGACAGAAAGAGUUGUUGGAACAGCAGCCUAUAUGGCACCUGAAGCUCUGCGAGGAGAGAUAACACCUAAAUCUGAUAUCUUCAGUUUUGGAGUAGUCUUACUGGAAAUAAUAACUGGUCUUCCUCCAGUAGAUGAAAAGCGAGAGCCACAGUUACUGUUGAGUAUCAAAGAUGAAAUAGAGGAUGAAGAAGCAACUAUUGAAAAUUAUGUGGAUGAAAAGAUGAGUGACUGGGAUGCACCUUCAGUUCAUAAAAUGUAUUCAAUUGCUGAUAAGUGUCUGAACGACAAAAAAAGCAGGCGGCCAGACAUAAAGAUGGUCCAACAACAUCUGCAAGAGAUAAAAACCUGAUACAUGUUUCUUCUGAUACACAAAUGUGUUUUGAAAUGAACCAGAGACCACUAGCAAAUAUUUUAUUAAUAUUUAGUACAACAUUAUCAGCUUUUCUGCUUUUCAGAAUUUUCUGGUCUGCACAUAAGAGGUGCUGUUGGCCUGUCACCAUUUUGCUAUUUUUAUGAACUGUUUUUUCACAUAUGACUCGGCAUUGGGCCCACACCAUAAGAAAACUUCCUUGGUUUUUUGGUAUUAAUAAAUGUCAGUGUUGGUAUGUAUUCUCCACAGCCUUUUAAAUGCAUUUCAAUAUUAGAAUGUCUGAUUUUUUUAAUUUGAAAGUAUCAAGAAUGUCUUCUAAAAAGGCACAUGACAGGGUAUUAAUUCUAGUGUUUGUGAAUGUGACUAUUUUUUCAUAAAGUCUUCUCAGGAUUAAUUUUACUCAAGUAAGUUUUGCAAGAUGUCUUCUUUGAUUUCAAGGUUUCCAAAGCAAAAUAAUUAUCUCACAGUGCAAAUUCAGAAAUAGAGGCAGCUUUCUUCCAGUGAACUUGUGCAAUAACAAACCAUUUAACUUUUGUUCAUAGGAAGAUUCUGUGCUACUUAAUAUUUUACACUUCAGGAGAAGAUUCCAUAUGGAUUGUAAAUAUAGAUAGAUAAUUUUGUUAAAGGGUACAGAACAAUAAUUCUUUUGAGAUAAAUUCUGCAUUUUACUUAGUCAAAUAAUUAAGUUCUGUCAUAUAUUUAUAGAUAGGUAUGUAUGUUAGUAAAUAAAAGAUACUUUAAAAACUAACAUAACUAAGCUUUCUAAAAUAGAAACAUUGACAGAUCAAAGCAGACUGAAAAUGAAAGUGCCUGGUAAGAUUCCAAAUAUUUUGGGCUAAGUAGGUAUGAAAAUACCAGCACUGUAUGUGCUGGUAAAUGAAAGAGGUUAUUUUAAUGUAAAGCUUUUUUGCACUUAUAAACUCUUUCCUGAGGCUUAGGGGUAGGAAUAUAUAUAGCCUGUCUUACUGUUAAAUUAGAAAUCCACGACCACAGAAAAAGAAAUUACGAAGAAAUUAUCUGACUGCAUUCUGGUAUGUGUAAUAUCUGGAGAAAGCAUGUGAUUUCUAAUGCUUCUUGUCAUAUUCUUGGAACUCUGGCUUGUAACUUAUUUUCUAUUGCCUUUUGAAAUUCCUGUUAGUUUAGGAAAAAAGUAUCCACCUAAACACCUUCUCGUUUUACUGAACUUAAAUUGUAAGAAGCUGUUAACCUAAAUAAAAACUGUGUUAUC